GGCCUCACAAAGCAUAAGCAAACACCAACCAAGCUCCAUCACCAACCAACUCGACACUCCAAACUCACACAACCCUCACCAACUCAAUCCAAUCCACCUCCCUCCUCCCAUUUCCCCCCAAUCAACCAAAAAACCAUGGCACCCAAACGCAACUCGUCCUCCUCCUCAACCACAACCACCACCUCCCAAACAAUAAUCUCCACACCCGCCCAAACAUCCUCCUCCCCCUCCUCCUCAUCCAAAUCCUCGUCCUCAAAGCAGCAGCACCAAUCACCAUCCCAGAUCGCCGUGGGUAUCUGGGAGAAAUACAUCGAUACCACCCCGCAAAGAACAAAGUUGAUUGAUGUGUUUAUGAGUUUUUUGGUGGUGGUUGGGGUGUUGCAGUUUGUGUAUUGUGUUGUGGUUGGGAAUUAUGUAUGUAUUACCUAUAUCCUGGGAAGUUUUUUGGGGGGAAGAGAGAAAAUGAGGAGGGGAAAAAUGGGGAAGAGGGAUGCUAAUACUUGUGUGUGUAGCCUUUCAAUGCUUUUCUUUCGGGGUUCUCGGCUACGGUUGGGCAGUUUGUUUUAACUGGUAUGUCUAUAUCUCUCCUUAUAAUCCCUUUCUUUCCUAUGGUACUUUAUGGUAGUGCUGGAUAAGGACAACAUGGCUAAUUCUUGGAUUUUAUUACAUAGCUUCUCUACGGAUACAAACGAAUGUCGAGAAUAAAGCGGAAUUCAGCGCGGUUUCUCCAGAGAGGUAUGGAUAUACACCAUGUUCUUCGAUGUCAGAUGGUAUGUUUGGGGGGAAGAGGAGCUAAUUGGUAUACAGGGCUUUCGCGGAUUACGUUUUCGGAAGCUUGAUUCUACACUUCUUCUGUGUUAACUUCAUUAACUGAGACGUCAUGUGUAUACGAAAUCUUUGGGCUUGGAAUUUGGCUGGAUUGGAGGGUGUUUUCGCUUGGACG